AUGCCGCAACAUUGUCACCUAGAAAGUUCAAUUUCAAAGAAGCCACCUCCAUUUCCUCAAUGUUUUCAGAAGAAAAAAUUGAAUUUUCAAUUCAAGAAAUUUCUAGAUAUGUUGAAGCAGUUUCAUAUCAACAUCCCACUUGUAGAGGCACUUGAACAAAUGCCUAACUAUGUGAAAUUCAUGAAAGAUGUUCUUACAAGGAAGAUAAGGUUAGGAGAGUUUGAAACUGUGACUCUAACCAAAGAGUGUAGUUCAUUUCUGCAAGACAAGUUGCCACCAAAGUUGAAGGAUCCUGGGAGUUUCACUAUUCCAUGUACUAUUGGAGAGACUUAUUGUGGGAUCGCUUUAUGUGAUCUGGGUGCCAGCAUUAACUUGAUGCCAAUGUCUGUUUUCAAGAAAUUGGGGAUUGGAGAAGUUAGGCCUACUACAGUUACUCUUCAACUUGAAAAUAGAUCUCUUGCUCAUCUAGAUGGGAAGAUUGAAGAUGUAUUGGUGAGGGUAGACAAAUUCAUAUUCCCUGUUGAUUUUAUUGUGCAAGACUAUGAGGCGGAUAGAGAGGUGCCCAUUAUCUUUGGAAGGUCAUUUCUUGCGACAGGAAGAACUUUAAUUGAUGUGUAG